AAAGACGGUUAUGCCCCCUCCCCUUCUGAUCCCCACAAAUACAGUGCACACUCCCUAUGAUGGGUAUAAAUAUCAGAGAAUCAAAACUGCCAUUCCCACUCUGACUACAAACAAAAAUGACGUCUCCUUUCGUCGCCCUCUCAGUUCUGUACGCUUUUCUCAUUUCUUCUACUCUUUCGUUUUCAGAUUCAAAUAAUGGCGAAAUUUCUUCCUAUCCGAAGACGCAAGCCGAGAAACUCAUAAGGUCUCUCAACUUGUUCCCUGAGCAUGAAGUGAACCUCCAUCGGCCCGAUUCACAUAAUGCGUCAAUAUCAGGGAUUGUCGAAAAGCAAUUUAAGUUCCCAUUCAUGGAGGCUGAUGAUUCUAUUCAGGACUUGGGUCACCAUGCUGGUUAUUACACUCUCCCGCACAACAAUACUGCCUGGAUGUUUUAUUUUUUCUUUGAGUCGAGAAGCAACAAGAGUGAUCCGGUGGUUAUAUGGCUAACCGGAGGACCCGGUUGCAGCAGUGAAUUGGCUUUGUUCUAUGAAAAUGGACCUUUUCAUGUGACGGACAAUUUAACCCUUGCGUUGAAUGAUUUCGGAUGGGAUAAAGUAUCGAAUCUCAUAUAUGUGGACCAACCGAUUGGGACGGGUUUUAGCUACAGUUCUGAAAAGGACUACAUUAGGCAUGACGAGGAAGGUGUAAGCAAUGAUUUAUAUGACUUCUUGCAGGCUUUCUUCAAGGUGCACCCUCAAUUGACAGGGAACGAUUUUUACAUUACUGGAGAAUCAUAUGCCGGGCACUACAUUCCAGCUUUUGCUACCCGGGUUCAUCAAGGGAACAAAAACAAUGAAGGAAUUCAAAUUAAUCUAAAGGGAUUUGCGAUCGGCAAUGGACUAACAAAUCCCGAGAUACAAUAUGGGGCAUACACUGAUUAUGCUCUGAACAUGAGCCUGAUCACAAAUAUAAAUUACGACAGAAUGAGUCAGUCGGUAUUGAAAUGUCAGCAAGAAAUUCAGCACUGUGGAGUUGACGGUGGUGAUCAUUGUGAGUCGGCGUUCUAUAUAUGCAACGAUUAUGUCUUUAAAAGGAUAGAGCUUAUUGCCAAAGUUGAAAAUGUUAAUCCCUAUGACAUAAGAAAGCAAUGCGUGGGCGAGCUUUGCUACGACUUUUCCAACAUGGAGAGAUUUCUAAACUCAAUGUCAGUGAAAAGCGCUCUUGGUGUGGGGCACAUUGAUUUCGUGUCUUGCAGCCCAACUGUUUUCAAUGCUAUGAUCACUGAUUGGAUGAGAAAUCUCGCGGUCGGAAUUCCUGCACUUUUGGAGGAUGGGAUCAAAUUUCUGUCAUAUGCUGGGGAAUACGAUCUCAUAUGCAAUUGGCUCGGGAAUUGGAGGUGGGUUCACGCGAUGCAAUGGUCUGGGCAGAAAAGUUUUGUGGCCGCUAAGGAAAGCCCAUUUAGAGUGGGCGGAGUGGAUGCCGGGCUGCAAAAGGGGUAUGGGCCGCUAACAUUCCUCAAGGUUUACAAUUCGGGGCAUAUGGUGCCCAUGGAUCAGCCCAAAUAUUCAUUGGAGAUGCUGAGGAGGUGGAUGCAGGGCAAUCUGUCUUCCACAGAUGUGUGAUUCUAAUAUAACUUGACCAACAUAACAA